CGUUGCCGCACUCACUCACUCACUCACCAGUACAAACAGUCUGCCUUCCUCUACCCACGUACUGCAACACGAGCCAAAGUCAGAAUGGACAAAAAAGUGUUCUUUGUGGUGAUGGCGAUGGUGGCGGGGGUGACGCUCGCUCAAACAGCGGAGAAAGUCAAAUGUUACGUGUGCACCGGCUAUGAUCCCAACGUGAAAGAUGACCAGCUGACCAACAACAAGAACUGCCCCCAGGAACACUUCGACAAGGCCAAGAUCAGCACGGUGGAGGCUGAUGUGUGCCAGGCCAUGCUGUACAGGACGGGCGGGAACAUCACCACAAAACGCAGUGAGAUGGGCGCUAGUCUGACGAAGCACAACACGAGAAAAGCAGACACGCUCAUUAAAGGUUACUACUGCAGGAGUGACCUAUGCAACGCCCACGAUCCUUCAGCCGCCCCUCCCUCCACCGCCCUUCACCUGGCGCUUCCGUUCUUCACCCUCCUACCUGUACUACUCUACCGGACUUAACCCCUUCAGUACUAGGACGCAUUUUUUACCACGAGUUUUGGGUGUGAUUAGACGAUUUUAUUUACAUUAGAAAGGGUCAAUGAAGGUCAGGAGAUUAAUGGCCUGAAUCUUCACUGUUUUAAUCACCCCCACAUAAAUUUCUGAAGCUGUAUAAAUUCACCCCAUAGUAAGCAGAAUGAAUAUGAAGACGUGUCAUGGUACCGCAGAGGUUGUUAAGAUGCAGGAGUGUCACUGUUUCGCUUGUCACUGCUCGUCACUAUCAAGCAGAAUUUUCAUCAUAAACUUAUUUUUCUGUAGAAUUGUCACUGUUCAUCUCUUAUUCUUAUCUCUCUCCACUUUCCUAAAAAUAAUUUGAGAUAAUCGUGCAAAAAUUGUCUUAGAUAUUUUGUGGUCUAGAUUUCUCUCUCUCUCUCUCUCUCUCUCUCUCUCUCUCUCUCUCUCUCUCUCUCUCUCUCUCUCUCUCUCUCUCAAUAUUUGCAUUUUUCACUGACACAUACAUACAUUUUUUUUCUUAUCAGUGACUUUUCUUUCCUUUUUUUGAUUAAACCGAUUUUUCUGUGAUAUAAAGGAAGACAAACAGCCUAUUGCUCUCUCUCUCUCUCUCUCUCUCUCUCUCUCUCUCUCUCUCUCUCUCUCUCUCUCUCUCUGUAGUGUAUUUCGUAAUAUGUAAUUCAGUCACUUAGUCUCGUUAAGUCUCUCAUUUACUGGAUUACGACUCAUUAAGCUGGUCUCAGGAAGCAUGGAAGAUGUGUGUAGCGCAAUAAAAAUAAGAAGUGUAGUGAAUGAAAAAAAAAAUGUAGAAACAACUAACAUAGAAAACGAACUCACCCAGUAGACAUUUUUAAGGAGGACUAAGAGAAAAUGUAAGUGUGGGAGUAAAGGCUAUAUUUUAGAAGAAAGCGUGUAGAAUGACCGACUGAUUGAGUGAGUGUCGUGACUGUGCAAGUAAACUGAUUGACUGA